AUGCAUCGACUCGUCUUAUUUGGCACCUGGCUUCUCCUGACUUUCUCGUGGCUGCUAUUUGCUUUGUUCUACUUGGACAACCCUCAUCAACAUGGAGGCCAUCGUCUCCCAAGAUACCGGACAUGUGUAACGCAGUGUGAAGCAGGCUGCACAGAGCGUGCAGAAGAAGAGCUACUGGUCGGGCUGUUUGAAUGGACAUGCAGCGAGGAGUGUGCUCACUGGUGCGAGGUUGCAGACAGCGAAGCUCGUGCCAGUCUUCAAGAGCCACAGGUCAAAUACAGUCGGGGACGUUGGGCAUUCUACCGUUUUUGCUACAUGGAAGAGUUCCUCUCCGUGUUGUUUUCUCUGCUGAAUGGCCUGCCGUAUCUCUACUAUGCCGCUAGAGGCACGUAUUCUGAUCAUUGGCUGGGAUCAGUCUUGAAGGUGAGUGCGGCCUUCCACAUCAUCACCUGGAUGCUGUCUGCUCUGUUUCACGCCCGUCCCACAGCUUUCUUUGAACACCUGGAUUACUUAGGAGUGAUCCUGACUUGCCUAGUGGAGUUUUUCACCGUUUUGCUGCGAGUUGCAGAUUGCAGAAAUGGCAGAGCUUGCAACCUGGCCCUUUCUGGCGGUGCGCUCCUCUUCGGUGCCUAUUCUGUAGGUAUGCCUAUUCUGAGCUUUCCAUGGCGUGUUCAGCAACUCAUUUCACAGGGUGUGCUUGGCAUGACUGCUGCCCUGUGGAUUUGGUAUGGUGUCCGGGAACGGCACAACCCUCUGACACAGCACAUUGCGAUGCCGUGGGCAUUCUUGCUCCUUUUCUGUGUUCUGGAGCUUGUCGAUCUUCCUCCUUUCGAUAUGCCCGGCCCUCUCUACGGUUUGGUCGAUUCUCAUUGCCUCUGGCACCUGGUGACGAUCCCCAUAAAUACGUGGAUUGUUUACGGAUGGACCCUGGAGGGCGAUGCUGAGCGAAAAGACAAGAAAGGUGUUGAACGACCGUGCCUGCACUGGCGGAAUGCCGAACAACGUGCUAUCAUUUGGACAGCUUUCUUUCUUAUUGUAUUCAGCGUGGCAGUAGUUCCAACAUGGUUGCAGAGUGGUCAGCUUUGCUCCCAGCACGCUCGUUGCAGACGAGAGCUGCGCCCAUCAUGGCUUGGAAGUAUGGAUCUCUCAGAUCCUCAGUGGAGGGCCUUUCGGGAGAAGUUGCCAAUCUUGGCGGCCGUAGCAGUCAGCACAACUCUUCUGCGCAGAGCCUGUCCUCGACUGAAGCCGGUGGUAGCUUUGCUGUACUGCUUGGUGCUGCAUGGCCUCGGUUCCAUGACUCAGCACUGUGUCGAAUUGGUGUCCCACUCGUGA